AUGGCUAAAGCAGUGCAGACUCUGAGUUUCAGCAGGACCUUAAUGCCCUGUGCUAGUGCUAUGCAGGUUGAUGCGGCUGCACUGCUGAAAGCAUGGAAAGAGCGUUUCUUGAAGGCUCCUUGGGACGUCAAUCACAAGGAAAUGGUGGAGGAACUGAAGGGCCAGGGGUUGAAAGUGGUAAUCAUCACAAACGGGCACCCACAAAUACAGCGUGGAAAGCUGGAGCGAUUGCAGGCAUCCAGUAUGUUUGACGCUAUUCUGGUGGGUGGUGAGGAGAUUGCUGCUGGUGGGAGGGAAAAGCCGGCUGCCUCCAUCUUCCUCAAGGCAUGCCAACUCGCAGGAUGCCUACCAAGUGAGGCAGUGCACAUUGGAGACAGCCUGGCAGCAGACAUUCGGGGUGGUAUAAAUGCAACACUUGCAGCCACGGUCUGGGUCAACAAACAUGGCCACCCACUGCCACGAGGAGCCCCUGUCCCCUCUUACACUGUUUCACACGUAACAGAGCUGCCAGGUGUCCUCAAUACCAUAGAUGGAUCAGACAUCUCAACAUAGCAUUGAUCUAGGUCUGUUAUAAGAUACCUACGCCCCUGGAUGGCAGACUUUGGGCAAUUGCUGUUGUCUCUGAGCCAUUUAUUUGAGCGGGGCAGGUCCUCACAUGCAAUGAGGUGCAGAAUCUGCAGAUCCAGCACGGUAUGCACACAUUUGGUUGUAAAGAA